AGCAGUAGCACCGGCACCACCAUCAGCACCAGCCAGCAUUCAGCAGCAGUAGCCUCGUCGUGGCUAAAGGGGCUUCGGGAUGUUGUACCACGAGCUAGUCAGCCGCGGCGUGUCGUCGUGUUAACCGUCGUCCACGUCGUUAAGGACGAAGGAAGUUGCGAACGAACGGGGUGCUGGCCGGUUAUUACACGCGAGCUCUUCGGCUCUCGAGUCUCGUUGAUCGCUCGCUGUUCUUCGCGCGGUUUCGACCCGACGGGGGACCAUCGGUGCGCCCUCGGAAUAAAUUCGAACCAAGGGAUCCGAGUCGUCGUUAGUCGAGUUCGAGCCGGUGCGCGAUACGAUCCUCGACGUUGACGGAGCGUCACGCAAGAUUUGUCUGGUUCGCACGCUGCCUCUGAUCGUGCACGACGAUACACACGCACACGAUCGUUUUGUUUUCAUGCCUGUUUCUUAUGCCUUUUUUAUCCCUUUUAUCGGCUGGUUCGAAGGGAUUAUUCUCGUUCUGGAUGAGACGAGCCUGUGAUUCGUCGUUGAGUUUACUGUUGUGUUGGAACGUUGCUGUUACGCGAGGAAGAUCGUUACAUAGUUUUAUUUAAAAUAGUAAGUAUCGACAGGAUCACUGAGUUCGUUAUCGGAAGUAAAAUACCGUAUUCACGGACGGUGUGAAGGGAGUCAUCGACAGGCAAAGGGUGAGCGAACGUGCCGAAGUGGCGUUCUUGUAAUUGGAACAGGAACGUGUGGUAGACGAUCAUCUGAGAACGCCCUCGGUGUAAACUAUUGUCACGGCCAGAAAUUUCUCAUUUAAUAUUUUGUUCGUUUUUCGAAGAAUCAGCUUGAUAAUAGAGUUGUUGUAACGUCAAUCGGAAACGAUUUCCUCGUUCGCUAGAGUAUUUUUAAUACAUCUCCAUACUGUAAUAAAAAUCGCGAUAUACGUUUGCCGGGUGUUGGAUGGCCAGACAAAUAUAAGAAUAAGUUUGAAUAAAAAUAGUCUCGGUUGUUCUGGUACGUGGAUUUAUACAGGAAAUCCGGUGGUCUGUAAAUCGUUCUCAAGAUUUAUGAGGAUCAUCAACGAUCGUUUGCUCACCGACCAGCCGUAACGGAACUAUAAUAUUUCCGGAUCGAUCGUGCACCGGUGAUCAGAGGCUUGGCGUGGUGCGAAUGAUCGCAUUCCUCCUACUAUCGCGGUGUUACGUGUACCACACGCAUGAUUUUACCAAUAAAUAACCAGCUACAUUUAUCGAAGUCCGUUGCACGCGGUUUACGCUGAUCACUCGCUGUGCCGCAGGACCGUUAUCGUUAUCGAUUAAUCAAACAUAGCCAGUACGCAACGAACCAACGACGGAGGAGAGCGAAAAAAAAAGACAACGGUAACAUUAUUAAUUAAAAACGAAACAGCGUGCAACAAUUUUUCACGUUGGUCUCCUGCAUCGGACAAAAUAUCGCGAGGGACAAAGCAUAGAGAAGCCAGCCGAGCUGCGUUCGUCGAUCAAUUUCAUCGCAGCGAUACGAAAUAUAAACGCAUCGCGCGAGCUAACAGCUCGAAAUUGAGAAAAUAAAAGGGACAUGUACAAAGGGAUCAGUGCAACGAUCGUUCCAUCGAACAUAGAAGUUCAGCAAGAAGAAGAUCCGUAGCGACUGUUAAUCCGAAGGCUAGGCCGGCUAAACCGCGGCGUAUCGAUCGAUAAUCCUUGGUGACCCGUGAUUCGCAGUGAAUUUUUAACAUCGCACGGUUUUAUCUCUCGUCGAUUUUUUACGAGGAACGCGACCGAUUCAGUGCUGUGAGAUAAAUGUUUCAUAGACAGCAGCCGUGGUACAGGUAAUAUCGAAUCUCGAAGACUUACCGUGGAAUCAAAGGUGGCUCGAGGAUCCUCGACGAUAUGUCCCCGGAAAUCCAGGGACUGCCGUGAAAAAAUAAGCUUCGAGGUGCAAGACGUGGAACGGCGAUAAAAUGGCGAACAAUCAGAGAAGAAGAUCGUGUCUGACCAUCAGUAUACUUCACAUCAUCACCGUCAUGUGCCAAGCUCUCUCCGAUCGACCAAUGUUUGCCGAGCCAAUACCGAACGUCACGGUGCCAUUGGGGAGAGACGUCAGCUUACCCUGUGUCGUUGAAAACCUCGGUAAUUAUAAGGUGGCGUGGAUUCAUGUGGGUCGUCAAAUGCUCUUGACCAUUCACAAACACGUGGUCGUGAAGAUACCGAGAUUCUCGGUGUCCCACGACAAUCAGAAGACCUGGCUGCUUCACAUCAACAACGUGCAGCAAGACGACCGAGGCUAUUAUAUGUGCCAACUGAACACGAAUCCGAUGAUGAGCCAGGUCGGCUUCCUUCAAGUUGUCGUACCACCGAACAUUUUGGACUCGUUGUCCACCGAGAGCACGGUGGCGGUUCGUGAGAACCAGAAUAUUACGCUGACCUGCAAAGCAGAUGGAUAUCCAACGCCAAAACUGAUGUGGAAGAGAGAAGACGGCCAGAGUAUAAGCAUCAAUCGGCAUUACAAAGUGUCUCUGUACGAUGGUGAACAAUUAAACUUGACGAGGAUCACGCGCAAUGAAAUGGGCGCGUAUCUGUGCAUCGCGACCAAUGGCGUACCACCAACAGUCAGCAAAAGGAUCACCGUGGACGUCGAAUUCUCGCCGAUGAUCUUCGUGCCGAAUCAGCUGGUCGGUGCGCCAGCUGGGACGAACGUAACGAUCGACUGUCACACGGAAGCUUAUCCACGGGCGAUGAGCUACUGGUUCCUUGGAGCCGAGAUGAUACUGUCCAACGAGAAGUAUACCACCAGCAUCAUGGAGAACAGUUACAGGGCGUACAUGAGGCUGACCAUAAGAAAUCUGCAGGAUGGUGACUUCGGCAACUAUCGUUGUAUCAGCAAGAACUCGCUGGGCGAGACCGAGGGUUCCAUCAGAUUGUAUGCAAUUCCGAAACCAUCCGCAGCGCCGAAGGCCACGGAGAUCAAGAGCAGCGCCAACAAAGAAGGAAGCGCGUACAUCAUAAGAUGGAGUGCCCCGCAACUGAUGGUGGUAGCGGUGCAGUAUAUCCUCACGGGGCCCUAUAUGCCCCCGUACGUGCCCCAGACGGCGAAUUAGGAGAUGAACCACGAAAAACGUGGACCAUGUUCGUCCAGGACGUUCUGUCGCGCCCUGUGUACGUGUGUCUGACCUUUGCAUCUCGAUCUACUUGCAGCGGAGAGCCGCGCUCCAAAAUACGAUGCAUCUACGAAAUACGAUGUUAGCGUGUCGAACGUAAUCUAUCAACGAGACGAACGCGAGGUUUUUUAUUUUUUUUUUUUUUUUUUCGUUAAUGGCAAUUUGAUAGGUAGGAUAGUAAAAAUAAUAAGGAAAUAAUUUUGCGCUAGGAUAUAUUUAGAACAAUUAUUUGUUCUAUGAAAGGAACGAAACGAUAUGUUGGAUUAAUAUUUGCGAUUAGAUUGACGGUUGAUGCGAUACAUUAGCGGAAACAGACGAAAUUAUUUGUCAGCCGGGUUGUAUACCUUUAAUUGGAUUGUUAAUCGCAAUCGAAUAUUAAUUAGGAUAAUUGAAUUAUGUAUCGGCAGCCGCUGGAUUACGGGCUUAAUUAGCAUCAGAUAUUUAUUGUGAGGUGAAUUAUCUUGGUAAAUUAUUUGUCGGAAGUAAUGACGUAUGAACAGGAAACGAACCGUUUUCCAGCAGCAAUAUGACGUUGCACCACGAGCCUGUACUUAAUCGAUGCAAUUAGAGAGAAAUUUAUAUGGUGCUCGUCGACGUCUUUCGAACUUUUAUCUUUACCUCUAUACAGUGUUUUAUGGUAAUGAUUUACAAGCAUACACGAUGGCAUGCAAUUUUCAUAAUUCUAUCGUUCGAGAACUAUGCGAAACCGUAGCAGAGAAUCGUAAUGAAAAUCGAUAAUAUUUACGUUGUUUCGAUGGUCCGACAUAAGGCAAGGGAUAACAGUCCCGGCCGACGUGAACUCUUCCUUCUUCUACAAUUUGCAAGAAAUGGGAAACUAACUCGAUCUUUGAAAAUUUGAAAUAAAGUUGCAAAUAUCGAGCGAAGCAACAUCGUGACGAGAUAAGUCAAGGGUAAAAUAUGAGUAAAAAAAGAAAAGAGAACAAGACAAACGUUGGAGCUCUAGGAAAACCAUCUCCAGGUCUUUUCAUCGAAAUACUCCGGGGUUAACACGUAGCGCGAUAAAUUCCGAAAACAAUCAAACUCGCCGGAGCUCGACCGCCUUUCUCCCCAACGCUCAAAAUGAUAAAUCUGUCCUAUGAGAGUACAUACUUGGCGCAGGUGAACAAAACAGACCGAACUGUGGAUUCUCCUUGCGAUGCGCGAACGUUUUCCAUGUUGCCUCGUUCGACGUUACACAGAGAACACACGAUAUCGCGUCAAUUAAAACGGUAUCGCCGUUCCAAUUGAGAAAAAACGCGAUGUUGUUCGAUAAAUCUCGCAGAUUACGCGAUCAACCGGAACGGGAAAAAGGAAGAGGAGGUGAAAAACCGAAGAGAGAAACACGACGUGGCCGCGAUCAGAAACAAGAUGUCCCUAAAGACAGGGGAGGUACGUGCGUAGGUUGCGUAGGAAAGUCGCUGAAUGGAAUCUGCGAAGCCGGAGACUUUUCAAGCGCGACCAGGAAGUAGCAUUCAAGUAGAUAACUCUCGAGGGAGAGAAGGGGGAAUUUGAUUAAUGCUUCGGCACGUGAAAAAUGGCGCUCGCGUCCUCGCGAGCGAAAUCACGAAGGUUGGCAGGAACGUAACGAUGGUUUUCGUGAUAUUUUAAAAACGGUCGCCACCGGAGAAUCCAAUUAUCGAAACGGUUCGUUGGAUCGUUGCUCGACGGCGGAAACUUGGUUCUCGUUUCUCAAAAAAUUUCACGAACCUCGGCAACUCGCUGAUUUUCCUCCCGACUCGCUUCAACUUUCACAAAUUUCAUCUCAUUUUCUCCUUUUUUUUAUUUUCGUUCACUCUCAUAUUUUUCACCCGUUUUGCAAUUUUUCCUUUUUUCCUGAUUUUCCGAUUAAUAUCAGCGCAAAUAUUAAUGCGUACCAUCGCGUCGGUCGAAAUUAAUUUCUUCGUUGCGUUUUAAUUCACGGGACGCGUUGAAAAUUCCUCGAUGAAUGGGGCAUCCGGCGUUCGAAUUUCGUGCUGUUUCAUCGACAACUCUGGCC